AGUAUAGGCGCGAGCGCUAGUGUGUGAGAAGAGCUCCGCAAAGCAGCGGAGUCGAUCCAGAUCUCUGCGCGUAAACAUGGCGGAGACCGUUCGCUCGCAGUUUGACCGCCGGGAGCCUCUGGCGCUGGACAGGGACAGAGACGGAGAGGCUAGCAAGCCGCCUCCGCUGCCUCGGGGACGUGGUUGCAGUAGGAAGAGAAAGGGCACACCGGUGAAAGUGUGUGAUAGAGUCUUUGCCACAGAAGACGAUGAGGAGAACACAGAACACAGCUACGGACCACCAGGUAAUGGACAGGAAAGAGCAGAGCACAAACACAGAUCUGGUCCAUACAGCGCUGCUGAAUCUGCCCAAGCCUGUCCUGCUGAGACGGGGGAGCAGAGCUCCAGCAGCGGGAGGGGAGCCGUUCUCUACCCACCACCCAACUGCCGUAUCCGGGAAGUGCACUGUGGCAAUCAGGUGCGGCUGGUCGUCGUAGCGAUUCGCGACAUCACCAAAGGCGAGGAGAUCACCGUGGACUAUAAUCCGAGCGAGUGGGGGGAAAACGCCAUGACGAGGAGUUUACCCAGCUCAGUGCCUGCUGCAGCCAGCGAGCCACCUCCUGACAACGAGAAGAACAUUAAGAAGGAGGAGGAGUCUGGGUCUGGUCCCGUUUCAGAUUAUGUCACUCCAUCCUGGUCUCUCUCUCCUAAAUCCUCUCAGCUCUCUCACUCAGAGCUCAGCGAUUCGGACGAUGCAGAGCCGCGCAGCCGGACACCCCGUCGCCGCAAAAAGCAUCGCAAACUGUCCUCUUCGGCCGCGGCUAACGCUAAUGCUAACUCUAACGACUCUAAGAGGAAACCGCCUCAUCCCCCGCCUCACCGGCCACCGGGCCGACCUCCGUCACAGCCUCUGCCCCACUCCCUGCCCUUGUGUCCCCCUCAGCCUCCUGCACCAUCCAGGCCUGUGUUUAAAUGCCCCGCCCCCGCCGGAGUAGGGGGCAGCACCGUUAAUGUCAGCGCAGGUAGAGGCAUGAGCCCUAUGAUGCACAAGCAGUGUUGUGUGUACUGCGGCCGCCAUUACCGCUCUCUCCUGCGCCAUCUAGACAAACACCACGUCCACCAACCAGACGUACGUGCAGCCAUGUUAAAAUCGCAAGGCUCCGCCCACUUGCCUCAUCUCCAUGCUUCUCUGCCUUCAUCCUCCUCGUCCUCUUCCUCUGCCUCAGGGCACAAUCGCAACCACAGAGAAGCCGUCGUUAUACCCGCACAACAGUCUCCGCCCCCUCCUCCUCCUCCUCCUUCUGCCUCUCCAGCCAGAAAGAGCCCUGCUCUCACAAGCCCCUCCCCUCGCAAAAGCCCCGCCCCUCCUCCACCCACUACGCCACCCAGAAGGGGAGGAGGUGUGCCUGUGUCGGUGCUGAAGAGAAGCCCACCCACUCCGGUGACUCCGCCCAGGAAAGCAGGACGCAAGAAGAAAGAGAAAGAAGAAUUGGAGGUGGUGGAGAAGAUGAAAGAGGAGUUUGUCGAGGUGUUGAAGCAGGUGGAAGACGAGACUAAAGUGGAGGAGGAGGACGACGAGAACGAGGAAGAGGGAGAGGAAGAUGAUGACGACAGUGCAGAGGACAAGAGUGACCUGUCCAGUUCUCGCCGUCCCCACAUGCUGCCCCUGCUCUCGUCUCUCUCGUCCCUGGUCCUGUACCUGCGGCGUCUGCAGCACUCGGCUUUCAUCUCUCUCUCACGCUCCCCUCAGUCAGCUGAAGCCUGGCGCCUGCUCUGCCACUCCAGCCUGGCGCUUCUCAUCCUCUACAACCGCCGCCGCGAGUGUGAGGUCUCCAAACUCACCAUCUCUGAGUACCAUGCUCGGGUCACCCCUCAGUCCUCUGCCCCGUUGUCCCCCAGCGCUCUUACACCCCUCGAAGCCUCCCUUUCCCCCUUUGAGAGACUUGUCCUUCCCCAUCUCCCUCGAGUGGGCGUCCAGGGCAAACGAGGAAGGGUGCAGCCCCUGAUUCUGCCCCCUCACUCUGAACAUUGCCUGGAGCUUCUUUUACAGACUAGGGCAGGAGUCGGGGUGGAUCCCCAGAACCCGUUUGUGUUCGCUCGGCCAUACCAUUCUCCCGCCACUCCUCUGCGAGGUACCGAUCUGCUCCGAAACCUGGCCAAAUCCAGCGGGACCCGCCACCCGAGAGCGCUGACGCAAACACGCGUCCGUAGACAAGUCGCCAUCCUUACUCAGUUACUGAUGCUGAGCGAAGGAGAAGAGGAUGGACAGCGCGGAGCCGCACAGCAGAGAUUAGAGAACUUCCUCCAGAAAGAGUACCAUGUGACCCAGAGCUGCGCCGCUAUCGGCCAGGAUCCGGGGCUCAUGGGACUGAUUGGGCGCGUGGUGCUGUGCGGGGAGAGAGACGGCGUACUGUUCCGAGGAAUGAGUCUCCAUCAUAUCUGUUUAGAGCUGGAUGUGAUGUCAGGGAAUUCUGCAGAUUCGUUGUCGGAGGAAUCAGAUGGAGAGCAAGAGAAGGAUAAGAGCGAGUCUCCUACCAUCAUGAUUAAAAAGUCCUCCAGCAGCAACAUCACCAGACCCCCUCGUCUGAAGAAGAUGAGCGGCUCUCCCUUCUCUCCCAACCGCAAGAGGGGUUCAGGACAGCCCAAACCAGGCAAGCGCGGCGUCCUGAAGCGUCCGUGGUCCGAGGCAGAGCGGGCCGCGGUGGAGUCCCACCUGGUGCGGAACAUCAUGGAGCUGCGCGUCCCCGCUAAAGCAGACUGCGAGCGCUGUCUGGAGCAGUGUCCACUCCUGGUCACCAACCGCAGGGACUGGAGAGCCAUCAAGUUCUACUGCCACAACCGCAUCCAACUGCUGAAAAAAACACAGCAGAGACAGAGCCCGCCCACCCUGUCCGUCUGCUGAGGCAGCCAAUCACAAAGCCUGCUAGGGAGAGGUAGGAGGAGUCAGAGGUAGGCAGGGAAUGUGAGGAAUGUUGUUGUUGUUGUUGUUGUUUUGUAAACCAGACAAAAGCUGUACAGAUUUGAAGGUGUACCCUGUUUGUGUACAAUCACAAGACAUUUUUAGUUAGGAAGACUAGAAGACUAGAAGUGUCAGCAAUCCUGCACAUUGAAGAAGAGUCCUAUUGCAACAGGAAAGGUUUUAUUAUUAUCAUUAUCAUUAUUAUUAUUAUUAUUAUUAUCCUUCUUCUGAUGGGUUUCUUCUCCUUCUCAUGGUCAUUUAUCAGGGCGAAAUGGAAAAUGCGUUUAUUCUGUCAAUACUGUGAUAUUUCUGGACCUCGUGAAAAAAAAAAAAAAGAUCUAGGAUGAACUUGUUGGGGUGUGUGACGGUGCACCCUGUACUCGAUACUCAAGUGUAUCGUGAUGUUCAUAUAUCACAGUAUCGAUGUCGCCCAGCCCUUCUGCACAAUACAACACUAAUGUCUCUAGCUGUCCCUAAGGUCAGCUUCUACUAUUUAUUUCACCGGUCUGAAAGUUUUAGCGCUGCUUGUCCUUCGUGAGCGACGCCUAAACAAAACGCAUUAUGCUUCGGAAGAAAAGUGUCAUCUGAUACUUGGCAUCUUGGGUAUUUAGAGCCGGGCGGCACGGCGUGGUGCUGUCGGUCUUCAUCAGAUCAUCAGAGCGGCUUUGUUCUCACGUUUCCUUCUAAAGUGGACACUUUUGAACCAUGCACGAAAGAAGGAAGGAGAGACGAAAAGUGAAGGAUAAAACCGUCAUCUAAUCUCAUUAAUCAGACGUCUCGCGCGCGGCUUUCUCCUCCAGGCUGUAGGAGUGCAGGAGUGUCUUUGUAAGCUUGACUGAAAAAAACCCAACAAAAAAAAAAACACCAACGUCUUCUUACUUUUUUUAAGGCUUUCAUGAAGUAAAUAACGGGGGAACGCUCGCUCUUCACUACACUCGAUCUAUUUUCACACAAACACGUUUCAGCUGGUUCUGCGUCUGAGCGUGCGGUUCUAACCGCUCAGAAGUUUAUAACGGGACGAUUAGAACGGAGUCUGGAAAAGUAGCUCGGAUCAGCUCCGUUUCCAGUGUUCGACUCUUAGGAUUCUAGAACAGGACGGAGCCGGUUUAGGUUCUAGAACCGUAGCGUAAAGAUUUGACGGGAUGUUUAGAGUCGGUUCUAUUUCUAGAGAGAUAGAUGGGACAGAGCAUCAGCACAGACAUUUUAGAAUGUUAGAUGAUUUUAUGACAGAAUGGAGUCAGUUCAGGUUCUAGAAUGAUAGCACAAAGAUUAGGAACUUGAUGGUUGGAACAGAGUCGGUUCUCCUGUUACCCCGUUGCAUUAGCUCGGACCUUCUGAUGGGACGGAAUGUCCGCUCAGACGUUUAAAGUGUUCGAUCGUUACGGCACUAGAACUGAAAAGAGUCUGUUUGAACAGGGUGUUUAGAACCGUGUUGGUUCUAGUUCUGGAACAGCAGUCUAGAAAGGUAGCUCAGACCUUCUGAUGGAUGGAACGUCAGCUCGGACACUGUAGGGUGUUAGAUGGUUAGGAUUCUGUAGCAGUAGCUUAAUGAUUUGAACAGUGUGUUUAGAACAGUGUUGGUUCUAGUUCUAGAACAGCAGUUUAAAUGUUUAUGAAGGAGUCCGUUUUGAUUCUAGGACAGUAGUUCAAAAAGAACAUUUACAACAUUGUUGUUUUCGGGUUCUAGAACAGUAGCUGGGACAUUUUCCAGACCCUCUGAUAGGAUGUUUAGAACAGUUGGUGUUAGUGCUGUAGAGCCUUCAGCUCACCAGUCAGGACGUCAGAUAGAGUUCGAGUCCUUGAUUAUACAACAGUAGUCACAGCAUCGGUUCUGGUUCUAGAUCAGAAACUGAGACAUUUUAAUGAGUCGAAUUCUAGAUCCCUAGAUGGUUCUAGAACAGUAGCUUGGAUAUUUCAACAGAAUACUUAGAGCAGGGUCUGGUUCUAGACAAGUAGUUUAGUAGUUAUGCCAGGACGUUUAGAGUGGGUUCUGGUUCUAGUGCAGGAUCUCAGACAUUCCGAAAGGUGGUUUUAACCGGUGUUGGUUCUAGAAUGGUAGCUCGGAUAUUUCAGAGGCAGAACGUUUAAAGUGGGUCAUCGUUCCGGAAUCAUAUCUCAGACAUUCUAACAGGAUAUUUGACAGAGUACCGGUUCUAGAACAGUAGCUUGGAUAUUUCGUCAGAACGUUUACAGCAGGUUCUGGUACUGGAGCAGUAGCUGAGACAUUCUAACAGAGCGUUUAAGAGCGGGUUCUGGGUUGCGUAGGUGUGUAAUUGUUGCUUAACGAGGUUGAUUAAAUGAGCUUUACUUCUGUGUGUGUGUGUGUGUGUGUGUGUGUGUGUGUGUGUGUGUGUGUGUGUGUGUGUGUGUGUGAGAUGUUUCUACUCUUCAGACUUUUUUUUUUAUAUGGAACUUGUAACCACACUUAACACCUCAGUUUACACUUAAAUUAUUUAACAGUGGAUAUUAUUUGUGUCGCGUCUCGUCUUCAGUUCGUUCUCCACUCGCCAUGUACAUACAGAUUUAUAUAAAUAUAUACGUUACACUGUCCGUAUUAUUAAUAAUUAAUCAUUCACAAUAUUAAUAAGACUCAUAUUGGUGUUGUUAUUGUCUUUAUUGUUUUUCUUAUACCCCCCCCACCCCACCCCACCCCCAUGAACCUUUCUGUAAAUAUUGUAUGUAAAUAUAUAUGUAUAUAAAUAUGAGGAACAAAACAUGAAAGAAGAACACAUGAAUGUAAAUACAUGGAUUGUUUGGUGUUUGUUUGUUUUUUUUUAAAACUGGUCUGAAGUGAUGAUUAAAACAUUUUUAUUCGUAA